GUGAUGACAUCAUCUGAGCGUCUAGUUAAGUUAGAGGGAAUAUUCGUAGAAUGCCUGGAAACGGUUGUCAACAAUGACAGUAUGAUUUCUGAUGACAAAUAUGAGGUCAUCAUGGAUAUCCACAACAAAGCUGAUAUGUUUACAGAACAGUUGCAGUUGUUACGUCGUGAGGUGGCACAGCAGGAAAUUCUGUGUGGAAGCAAAGAAAACACCCUGCGAGCUGAAAUAGAGCAACUCAAAACUAAGAUUACGCGGAAGAAACAGUUGAUAGCUAAAUCUCAGGUGAAGUUUGAGGAUUGGAAGAAACGCCUGACUUCUGUCGAGGAGUCAGCUGUCAAAUCUUACUCUAAUUUUGAUGGUAGCUGAAGAUAAUGUGCGCUGAUAAAAUAUCUCGCUAACUUUGACAGCACCUUUAAAGAUCCUUGGAUACUACUGAUUGGUUUGUCGAAAGGAAUUUGCUACUGGUGUAAACUAAGAAAGAAGGAAUAUCUUACAGCCCAGAUCACCAGUGAUACUUGAAGCAUAACUUCAGCAGGAGGCUGGAACAACUAACCGUAACGACCGUAACGACCAGCCACAGCCAACUUUGAUAUCUGCGUCUGACAUUUUGUAAUACUUUGGAAAUUACGAGUGUUACUAUUCUCGGGACUAACGUAAUGUCAGUUAUCUUACAGUUAUCUUACAUGUCAAUAUUCUCACUAUCUUUGUAAAUGAGAACAUCAGAAGAUUUUUUUCUAUCUAGAAUUAUCUAGUGUUCUAAUGCGAUUUUGUAAUGAUGCUUCAAAAUAUUCCACUGUUACCUGAGCCUACAUUUUAAAAUGAACAUGUUCGUAUCACGUAACCAUGGUAACGUGCGGCUGUGGUUCGUACCAGAGAACCGUACUUAAUUGAAUAAAACUUAGUGUUUCGUAGGUAGUUGAUAGCACUAGAAGUCAUUUUCCGAAUAUGGGCUCAUGUCAUAUUGGUUUGUCGAAACUUUUAGUUUUAAUUUGCUGAUGAUCCAAGUUUUCUGCUAAUUCGUCAUUAUUAGACGUAAUUGUGGCCAGCAGCUCCCUUGGUACACGCACAUCUGUGCCCUUGUAGAAGCUUGAAUUCAAUUAACACUCUGUAAUUGUUUAUUAGCGAACCAUCGCGACAAUUGCCCGGUUUCAAUUAAAGUUGGUGAUUGUAAAUUGUAACUUGUAUUUAACCUGUUUUUAUGUUAUUUUAAAUAUUUAUGUUAUUGUUCAUGACAUGUCAUGUUGCUAUUUUGCUUGU